AUGGAAGUAGCUCCCUUGGCCUUGGCCCACACUCAUGCCCGAAACGCAGUCCUAGAGACUCGCAAGGCUAACCCAGUCGCGGCCAGCGAGGAGCAUGAUCUAGCUGCUGGCGAAUUUGCAACGGCUGCACAGAACAGUUCCGACCAUGAGGCCCUACGGACCCUACGUUUGCUCGAAACUCACCACAAGAAGCUUGCCGAAAUCCUCCGAUUCCAGCAUGAACAUCCGACAACUACCCAUGCUGAAACAACUUCUACUACUGCCUCCUCAGCAGUAGGGACCCAGCAGACCGCAGCCGAAGCUGGAGCCACAAAGAGCGCAGGCGCGAACCAGGAUGCACACCUACCACCAAGAUUGGUGGGGAACACUCGUCUACCAAGUCGAGAUGCAUCCUCUAUCGCUAGUAACCUGGCAUCCGCCCGUGGAAUCCCGUCGCACCCCCGGCGUGGAUCGCCAGUGUCGCCAACUCUUACAUCGCAACAUGUCGCAGCAAAGAUGACCGAAACACCUCCGAGGGCUAAACUCGGCGAAACAAGAUUACGUGACGGACCAGUCAAAAAUCGGCACAGCCGUAUUUCUACACCUAGGCAACCAUGGUCUCCUCCAACAGCCAGUUCCACAGAAGUUGUUUCCCAGCAAACUGUACCCUCCAGUGCAGCUGAAUCCGGAGCAUCAAAGGAUAAACCUGCAAUUGCCGAUGAAGCAUUCAACCGCUUCUACUCAGCCUUCGGGGGACUAGUGUCCAAGGUGUCGGGACCUUUGGCAUUCGCAGGGAUUCAGAUGGGGUCUGCGGAUCCAGUCCGCACUGAACAGAGCCGCAAGUCCUCAGCCGAGGUCAAACUGGACCGUGAGCAUGCCGUUCUAGACCGGUCCAUAACCGCGGGUGAGCCCGACGUGAACAAACUCUUCUCUCGAGCCGCGUUGCGGUCGAUUAGGGACGGCUCUGGGGCAGGUCCCGGGAACCCAGCAGAAUCAUUCUAUGUAGUCCCAACCACGGGUGGGACUAUGUCCUACGCAGGAAUCCUCACCCGAGCGGAAAAGCAAGCACGCAGGAACAGCCUCGAGGAUGGCGAUGAUGACUUUGUGGAUGCUCGAGAGACCCCCUCGUCUCCUGAAAUGCGCCACAGUGCCAGUGGUUCGCGCGUAUGGGCCGGACGCCGUGCCGUACCCGAAAAGCUUACCACUCCACAGACACAAAAGACAAUGGAAGAGAUGCAGGUUGAAAAUGAGACUUUGAGGGGCUUGACUGAUUCGCUUGCAACACGAUUGCAUAUGUGGGAGGUGAGCGCACAAAACUCGUCGGUGGCGCUGCAGCAAUCAAUCCGAAUGAUACAUCGCCAGACUGGGGGGACGCCUGAUCAUUUCCAGCCUUCCACGGCCACUACCUCUCCUCUUGCUACGCUGACUGCGCCGCCGGCUGCGCCUGAUACUGACGCCCGGAUCAAAGAACUCGAGGAGCAGAUCCAGCGCAGUGAGAAGAAACUUGAAACUGCUGCUCAUGAGAAUGACAAGCUCAAAAAUGUUCUUGGGCGAUACCGGGACCGCUGGGAGAAAUUGAAAGAGGGUGCCAAAACUCGGAGAGCGGAGGGUCGCUCUGGUGACAGUCAGAGCAAUCCACCUUCGAAUGGCGCCAGCAAGCCGUCGGAACUCUCGUCAUCUCCAGAUCCUGGUCGAGGUUCCUCUGCUGGUCAGGCAGGGCCUCGUGCUGUAGUUGAUAACCCGGCAUAG